AGGCGGGAACUUCGCUAUGGGGUACGGCAGGAGCUGGGUGCUGGUGAAUGAAAGCGACCGUGCCCCGUCGCAGGCCGUCAGCAGAGCCCUGGAGAUGGGGAGCAACGCCUCGGCCGGGCAGCCGCUGUGGCGGGGCGGGAAUGGCAGCGAGGCGGGCGCCGCGGAGAGCGAGGAGCACGGCGAGGAGCAGAGCUACCGGCACUUCACCACCUCCGUGCAGGUUGUCAUCUUCGUGGGCUCUCUGCUGGGUAACAUCAUGGUGCUGUGGUCAACUUGCAGAACGUCGCUUCUUAAGUCUGUAACAAACCGGUUCAUUAAGAAUUUGGCCUGCUCGGGGAUCUGUGCCAGCCUAGUCUGUGUGCCUUUUGACAUUGCUCUUAGUGCCAGUCCACACUGCUGCUGGUGGAUUUAUACGAUGCUCUUCUGCAGAAUUGCCAAGUUUCUGCACAAAGUCUUCUGCUCAGUGACCAUCCUUAGUUUUCCAGCCAUUGCUCUUGACAGAUACUACUCUGUUUUAUACCCUCUGGAAAGAAAAAUAUCUGAUGCAAAAUCCCGAGACCUGGUUAUCUAUAUCUGGGCCCAUGCAAUAGUGGCCAGCAUUCCAGUAUUUGCUGUGACCAAUGUGUCUGAUAUUUAUGCCAUGUCCACUUGCUCUGCAUCUUGGAGUUACUCCCUUGGCCACCUGAUAUAUGUCAUCAUCUAUAACAUCACCACUGUGAUUGUACCAGUGGCUGUGGUAUUUCUCUUUAUGAUUCUUAUUCGCAGAGCACUGAGUGCCAGCCAGAAGAAAAAAGUCAUCAUAGCUGCAUUAAGGACCCCUCAGAACACAGUUUCUAUCCCGUAUGCCUCUCAGCGAGAAGCUGAGCUCCACAUCAUGCUGCUUUCCAUGGUUAUGAUAUUUAUCUUCUGUAGUGUCCCCUAUGUGACUCUGGUGAUUUACCGCACCAUACUCAAUAUUUCAGAUAUUUCAGUCUUCUUGCUCCUCACUGCUAUUUGGUUGCCCAAGGUCUCUCUGCUGGCCAACCCUCUGUUAUUUUUAACUGUUAACAAAUCAGUAAGGAAGUGCUUAGUGGGGACAAUACUACAGCUGCAUCGGAGGUUUAGCAGGAGAAACAUUGUCAGCUCGAGUGGUAUUGCAGAUGAUAAUCUGGAGCCCAGUGUCCAUUCAGGAAGCCAGCUUCUGGAGAUGUUUCACAUUGGGCAACAACAAAUCUUCAAGUCGACAGAAGAUGAGGAGAAUGAGACCAAAUCCAUUGGCUCUGGUGACUUUCAACGGAAAGAAAUUCCUAUCACCAAUUUAGAGCUAGGACAGACUUCGGUUCACAGGUUUAUACCACAGAUGACUGCAGACUCUGCAGCUCAGGUGGCCCCAGCUGUGCCCACAGAAGCUGAUACAAUAAAUGACAAGUAUUCCAUGCAGUUUGGUUUUGGACCCUUUGAGCUGCCUCCGCAGUGGCUCUCAGAAAACCGAAAUAAUAAGAAGCGACUCCUGCCUCCUUUGGGGAAUACCCCUGAAGAACUAAUCCAGACAAAACAGCCUAAGUGUAAAGCAGAAAGAAAAGUCAGCAGAAACAAUAAAGUCAGUAUUUUUCCCAAGGUGGAUUCUUAGGAAAAGCAGGAGCUUUAUGUGACAGAGGAAGGUCACUUUCUAUUACAUGUUUGAUCCCAUGGAUCUUUAUUAUGUUGAAAUUUGUUACAGCCUGAUUUUUUUGC